AUGAGGAAGUUGGAUAUACUUCAAUCUGUGUUGCAUAAGUUCAAUAAAGUGGCGAUUGGAGAUGUGACAAUCAACUACUCAGUUGCUAAGGAGCAAUUUCAGCAGGCUCAUAUUUCCCUUCAACAAAAUCCUCAUUUAGUGGCCCUUAAAGAUAAUGCUCGGACUGCUGGAUUAAGUCUGUCUUUUCACUCCAGGAUUUAUGAAAGCUUUAUUAGGCAGAAGAGCAAAAUUACUUGGCUUCAAUUUGGCGACAAAAAUUCUGCCUACUUCCAUGCGUGUUUGAACACAGAGAAAAAAGCUUCAUGGCCUUUCAUGAAGAAAGAUGUGAAAUCAACAUUGUUUUAUAUCAACUCUAUUAACAGUCCUGGUCCUGAUGGAUUUGGUGCAGGAUUCUAUAAGUUUUUAUGGAAGGACCUUGGGGAUGAGAUUUCAAAUGUUAUUUUGGGAUUCUUUGAUAAAGGUGAGUUGCCUUAUGAUAUAAAUAACAUUACUUUAACUCUGAUUCCUAAGGUGGCGAAUCCUUCUAAGGCAGUGGAUUUUAGACCGAUUGCUUGCUGUUACAAUCGUAGGAAUAUUUCCCAUCAGUGUGUGAUGAAGAUUGAUUUGAGUAAAGCUUAUGAUACUAUUGAUUGGCUAUUCUUAGAGGACCUUUUGAAAGCAUUCUGUUUUCCUAGUAGAUUUAUUCACUGUAUUAUGGAUGGGUUUUCUCAGUUUAGUGAUGCUUCGGGUUUAUCUGUGAAUUUGGCCAAAUCUCAUGUUUAUUUUGGUGGUCUGAUAGCUGAAGAUAAGAAGAAUAUUCUGGACUGUCUUAACAUUGAAGAGGGAUCUAUUCCUUUAAAAUAUCUUAGUAUCCCUCUCCGUCCUACCAAAUGGAAGGCAGGUGAUUGUGGGAUCAUUCUCAAAAAGAUUAAUCUUCGGUUGCAUUCUUGGGCUAGUCGUCAUCUCUCAUUUGCGGGUCAAGCUCAACUCAUUCACUUUGUGUUGCUUGGUAUUAGGUCCUAUUGGAUGAGUAUUUUCCUUCUUCCCCAAAGUGUCACUCUAGAAAUUGAUAGGCUGUGUCGGAAUUUUCUCUGGGGUUCGACAGGUAAUAGAAGUAAACUACAUUUUACAGCUUGGGACCAUGUUUGUUUGUCGAAAAGCUUGGGAGGUAUUGGGUUUAAGGAAGGGCUGAAAUGGAAUAAAGUAUUAUUGGCUAAAUAUGUUUGGGCAAUUUCGUCCAAACAAGAUCUGCUUUGGGUAAAAUGGGUUGAUAAUAUCUACCUCAAAGGUGUGAAUUUUUGGCCGUACAACUUAAUGGCUGGUGUUAGUUGGUAUUGGAGGAAGUUGGUUUAUCUGAAAUCGUUUCUAUCCAGAGAGAUUCUGGAGGCUGCGGCAACAGGCAGGACUCUUCAUUUGAGUAGGUUGUAUUUUCUGCUGCUACAGCAGAGUAAACAACUUAUUCAUAAGAUCGAAGAUUGGCUGGGUGUAGCUAUCUGGUCGUCCAAGUACUGUGAAUGGAUUGUGUGGAUGGCUGGGAGGCCUAAAGCUAUUUCUAGUAACAGAGCUGUUUGUAUGAUUAAGGCUAGUUUAACCGCUAGAUUGUUGGGUAUUGCUAGGAAGAAGCUAGGGACUCUUGAGAAGACUAUUCUUGAUUCUAUGAGUCAUUUGUAA